GCCGCUGUGACUGGUUCAGAACAAACACAUAGCUAGCGUCCAACGACGAUCGUCUCCACUCGUCUCUUCUGUUUAUCAACAUUUGAGCCUUCCUCAUCCCCAGCACUAGACAAUAUAUUUCUAGUCCCUCGCCAUGUCCAUAUUGGAGUACAACGGCGCCGCCAUGAUUGCCAUGGCGGGCAAGGAUUGUGUCGGCAUCGCGGCGGAUCGUCGUUUGGGUGUACAGCUGCAGACAGUCGCGACCGACUUCAACAAAGUCUUUGCCAUGGGACCUAAAUCGUACGUGGGUCUCGCUGGACUCGCGACGGACGUACAAACGCUCAAGAAUAUCCUCGAAUUUCGUAAAAAUCUGUACGAGCUCAAGGAAGAACGAGAGAUGAGUCCGGCGACGCUUUCGCACUUGCUUUCGACAUUACUGUACGAAAAACGCUUUGGUCCUUAUUUUGUGGAGCCGAUUGUGGCCGGUUUGAAUGAAAAGAACAAGCCGUUUCUUUCCGCUAUGGAUUUGAUCGGCGCGCCGGUGCAAGCGGACGACUUUGUUGUUUCGGGAACAUGCACCGGGAAUCUGUACGGAAUGUGCGAAAGUCUGUACCGACCGGAUUUGGAACCGGAAGAGUUGUUCGAGACAAUUGCCCAGGCUCUGCUGAGCUCGGUGGACCGAGACGCCAUUUCGGGAUGGGGCGGUGUCGUUCAUAUCAUUACUAAAGAUGGCGUAACAACGAAGGAGCUGAAGGGACGUCAAGAUUAGUGUAGCACGGAGAUAUACUUAUGAAACAAAAUAUUACUCCUUC